GCGGGGACGACCUGCCCGGGAGGCACCGCUGUCGGCGCGGGAAGCGGGGAGAUUAGCGCGCGAAUCUCAGCGCGGGAGGACUCCUUCACACUUCAGGCAGAUUUCACCAAGAAAGGGACAGUACCUCGGCAAGUAUGUGUUGAAAGGGUGAACGAAAUAAGCCCUCUACGUGCAGCUGGAGAUGUGCGGGUCUGCGCCCCCUCCCCCAACACACACAACCCAGGGGAAGCCCAUGGACGAGGCCAGCUGCCUGAGCUGGAGCUAGGACCACCUUCCAGGGACUGCCCGGGACUCCUCUGCUCUGACUCUUCUGCUGGCAAGUCGGGGCACCCGCGAGCCUCAGAGGAAGACAGCUGUCAGCCAGGCAAAACCGAGACUGCCGUCACCAUGACAACCAGUCAGCAGCCUCAGGACAGGUACAAAGCUGUCUGGCUUAUCUUCUUCAUGCUGGGUCUGGGGACCCUGCUCCCCUGGAAUUUUUUCAUGACAGCCACUCAGUAUUUCACAAACCGCCUGGACCAGUCCCAGAACGUGUCCUCGGUCACGGCUGAACUGGGUGGGGACGUCCAGCUGUUGGCCACCCCCAUAGCGCCCCCGCCAGAGCGGAAUUCUCUGAGUGCCAUCUUCAACAAUGUCAUGACCUUGUGUGCCAUGCUGCCCCUACUGCUCUUUACCUGCCUCAACUCCUUCUUGCAUCAGAGGAUCCCCCAGGCUGUCAGGAUCCUGGGCAGCCUGGUGGCCAUCCUGCUGGUGUUCCUGGUCACUGCCGUCCUGGUGAAGGUGCACCUGGAUGACCUGUCCUUUUUCGUCAUCACCAUGAUCAAGAUCAUGCUCAUUAAUUCAUUUGGUGCCAUCCUGCAGGGCAGCCUGUUUGGUCUGGCUGGUCUCCUGCCUGCCAGCUACACGGCCCCCAUCAUGAGUGGCCAGGGCCUGGCAGGCAUCUUCGCAUCAGUGGCCAUGAUCUGCGCCAUCGCCAGUGGCUCAGAGCUGUCAGAAAGUGCCUUUGGCUAUUUUAUCACAGCCUGUGGGGUCAUCGUUUUGACCAUCGUUUGUUACCUGGGACUGCCCCGGCUGGAAUUCUACCGCUACUACCAGCAGCUCAAGCUUGAAGGGUCCGGGGAGCAGGAGACCAAGUUGGACCUCAUUAGUAAAGAUCCUUCCACAACCUGUCACCCCCCAGGAGAGGAGCCAAGAGCAGGCAAAGAGGAGUCUGGAGUUUCGGCCCCCAACUCUCAGCCCGCCAGCAAAAGCCACUCAAUCCGAGCCAUCCUCAAAAAUAUUAUAGUCCCGGCUCUCUCUGUCUGCUUCAUCUUCACGAUCACCAUUGGGGUGUUUCCCGCCGUUACUGCUGAGGUCAAGUCCAGCAUUGCAGGCGGUAGCGCCUGGGAAUACUACUUCAUUCCUGUGUCCUGUUUCUUGACUUUCAAUGUCUUCGACUGGCUGGGCCGAAGCCUCACAGCCAUAUCCAUGUGGCCUGGGAAGGACAGCCACUGGCUGCCAAGCCUGGUGCUGGCCCGGCUGGUGUUUGUGCCCCUGCUGCUGCUGUGCAACGUCCAUCCCCGCCAAUACCUGCCUGUGGUCUUUGAGCAUGACGCCUGGUUCAUCAUCUUCAUGGCCACCUUCGCCUUCUCCAAUGGCUACCUCGCCAGUCUCUGCAUGUGCUUCGGGCCCAAGAAAGUGAAGCCGGCUGAGGCGGAGACAGCCGGAGCCAUCAUGGCCUUCUUUCUGUCUCUGGGCCUGGCGCUGGGGGCUGUCUUCUCCUUCCUGUUCCGGGCCAUUGUGUGACCAUGGAUGGACAGAGGACUGCACUGGCAACCUGCCCCUGCCCCUUCUUUAUCCUUCAGGGAUGGGCAGGGGUCUGCUGGAGGUUUUCUCUUCUAGCUGGAUUCUGCUUUCUCGUGGCCUGUGCUGGGCCUGGCAUCCAGGCCCCCGGGAGGGACCCUCUGGGUGGACAGUUGGACAGUGGCGACAUUGUGGGCCUGCAGGUCCGAGUCAAGGGAGGGGACACAGUCUCUGCAUAUGCUUGGAUCGCCCCGCGCUUGGCUCUGACUGAUCCCUACUUGAGCUGGACAGCAGAGGCCCCUGGGCUCAGAGAGUGUGUGUGUCUGUAUGUUCAUGUGCCUGUGCCAGGGGUGGCUGGGGGCCAGGACUGUCUGUUCUAAGGUCCAGUCUGAUAUUUGCCCCCUCCCUGUGCUUCCUCCCCUGCUCCCCCUGCCUUGUAUCUACCUAUCAUGUACCCCAUACAGUUGCCACACUUUACUGCCUUUUUUUAUACUCAACAGAAACCAGGUGCCUUCAGAGGCUCUCUGACUAAAUAAACCAUUGUAUUUUC